CGACUGAUGGUCUGCAACAGCAUUGUUAAUGGUGAAACGAGAAGAAGUGUCCUAUAAGAGCUCUUUUUUUGCCGCGGAGGACACAAGUGUGAGUCGCUGAGCUUUUCACUUUGACACACGAUGUUUGGCUUCCACAAGCCGAAGAUGUACCGGAGCAUAGACGGCUGCUGCAUCUGCAGAGCCAAGUCGUCCAGCUCCCGCUUCACAGACAGCAAACGCUAUGAGACCGACUUCAAGAGCUGCUUCGGGCUGGCUGAGGCGCGUUGCGGCGACAUCUGUAAUGCCUGCGUCCUGCUGGUCAAGAGAUGGAAAAAACUUCCAGCUGGGUCCAAGAAGAACUGGAAUCAUGUGGUCGAUGCAAAAGCGGGGUCGAGCAUGAAGUCGACACUGAGGACGAAAAAGAUGCACAAGAAGCUGAGGCCGAGCCAGAUGACUCGAGUGCAGAGUGAGCUUAAGAGAAACAACUCUGACGCCCACAGCACCACCUCCAGCACCUCACCUGCUCAGUCGCCCAGCUACAGCAACCCAUCAGAUGAGGGCUCGGACACGGAGCUUUCAGCCACCAGUGCCCUUCCUCCAGCCUUCUCCUUCCUGGACCUCACCUACUGGAAAAGGCAGAAGGUGUGCUGCGGAAUCAUUUAUAAGGGACGUUACGGUGAAGUCAUCAUUGAUCCUCACCUGUACAAGCCCUGCUGUCAGAGGAAACCAGACCUGCUCCAGCAACAAGAAGGAGAGGAGAUGGAUGAAGAGGAGGAAGAGGAAGAGGAGGAGCAGGCAGCAUGCUAG